UCAAAAUCAGCAAGAUAAUAGCGCAUAUUGCAACAGCACACAGCAUAUGAAACUGCUGGAACCCGGAAAUCCGAAUCUGGGGAUGAGGAAAUGGUCGCUCAGGGGGAAAAGAGAGGAAAACUUGCUCACCUCGGGUGCCUGCAACCACAGUGAUGCUCCCAAUAGCAAAAACAACUGCUACUACGAUUCGAAGGAGUUCAAGCUAGCGUUCCCGGCAGCCCCACCUCCUCUUGUGCCACCGCAAUCUACCAAAACCGAAAGCAUCAACUCGAAGGGAUACCUGCCGUUGAGCUUUGAAAGCGAUUCGAACACACUUGCACUGGAAUCCGCCCCGGAACCGGAUUGGUCGCACCGGCAACAAGUUAGUUCUGGUAGGAUCGAAACCGAAGCGAAGCGAUGCCAGCGGCAACCUCAAAGCGAGCGCGUGGUACUUCUUUACCUUAUUCGUCACGGAGAAGCUGAGCACAACAUACUGGAAAAGAAGGCCAUGAGGGAGGCAUGUUCCAGUGCGAUCAGGGACGACGGCUUGCCCGAGGACCACCCUGAGACGAAGCGGAGGAUGGAGGAGGCGCGGAGGCGUGUCCUGAACGACGAGCGCUUGAGGGACGCGCGCCUCUCGGAGCUCGGAAGGAAGGAGGCGAGAGACGCCCGAGCCAACAUGAAGAACAUGAUCGACGAAAACGGCACGGUCGAUGCAAACGUUGGCAAACAAUCACUGCCGCUGUCACUGGAACAACCAAGCUACGUUUUGGUCAGCCCCCUCACCCGGGCUCUCGAAACCGCCGACAUUGUCUUCCCCGGCCACCGCAGCAUCCACGUCCGGGAGGACCUCGCGGAACGGCGGACCGGGAAGCCUCCUGACACGAGAUCCUCUUGCUUUACGCUAGGGAUGAGAGACAGUUUCAAACGCUUCAGCCUUGCUCAACUGCAGAACCAGUCGAUGGAAAAAUUGAAACUCGAGGUAGCACGCGAACAAAAACAAAAAGGAGAUGUUGGAAAAGCAUCCUCCACGUCCGUCACCAAUACCACCAUUUGCACUGGUGGGAGCGAUGCGAAUAUGGCCGAAAAGCAAGAGGUAUUUAUCAUGCGGGGGGACUUGUGCGAAAAGAUUGAGCGAGACAACUUCACCGAGGAAGACAAGGAAGAACUGAGGAAGCGGACGGAAAGAUUGUUUGUUCUGCUGGGCGAAACCGACCAAAGUAGCAUCGCCGUGGUCACCCAUAAGGGGUACCUCAGGGAACUGGAACGGGGUCCGCUGGGCCAAACCGAUGCCACAGAAUUCAAGAACUGCGAAAUACGAACCUAUAAAGUCACCGUGUCCCUUGCCGAUCACAGAUUGAUCGAAGCCGAACGGUUGAGGUAGAAUUUUUCCCCCCUCAUUACUGGUACAAUAGAUAGCAUCCAUUGUU